ACACAGUCAGGUGAACACUCAGGACAUGUUGCGCGUGUUCCUCCGCUCUGUGACUCCCAUGGCUCCAAUGUUCUGGUAGUUUUCUUCACUUGACAUGGACAUGGAGCCUCUGGACGUGGAGGCUCUGAACUUCACGGUGGAGGCUGCGGCGGGGCAGCCCCUGUGUGAGGCGUGGCGGGAGUCCGCGGAGGGCUCCGUGUUCCACCUCGCCAAUAUCCUCCUGUUCCUCGGCUUCAUGGGCGGCAGCGGCUUCUACGGGCUCCUCUACCUCUUCACCUUCCUCACCCUGGGCUUCUUCUGCUCCACCCUGUGGGCCUGGGGGGACCCCUGCACCACGGACUCCUUCCUGUGGAGCUUCGCACUGUUCGGGGUGUGUCUGGGACAGGUGCUGCAUGUGUCCUACCGCCUGAGGAGCGUGUCCCUCAGUGAGGACUUCCAGGAGCUCUACAACUGCAUGUUUAAGAAGCUGGGGGUGUCGCUCACUCAGUUCGGGAAGAUAGUGACCUGCUGUGAGGGAGACAUCCACACCCUAGAGAGGGACCAGUGCUUCGCCGUGGAGGGGAAGACUGCCAUAGACAAGCUGUCGGUGCUGCUGUCCGGCAGAGUCUGUGUGACGGUUAACGGAGAGUUCCUGCAUUACAUCUACCCCUUCCAGUUUCUGGAUUCACCUGAGUGGGACUCUCUCCGACCAUCGGAGGAGGGGGUUUUCCAGGUGACGCUGUGUGCCGAUAACCCCUGCAGAUAUGUGGUGUGGAGGAGGAAGAAACUCUAUCUGCUCUUUGCCAAACAUCGCUACAUUGCUAAGAUCUUUGCCCUGGUGGUGCGCAACGAUAUCGCAGAUAAGCUGUACUCUCUCAACGACAAGGCUUUCGACAGCUCCGGCCACCGCUACGAUCUGCGCUUGCCCAGUUACUGUCACAUGCCAGGGACCGAAUUAGAAAAGGCAGAUGUCUUCCUGCAAGUGCCGGUGCAGAGACCAAAGACUGCCUAAACACACACACACACACACACACACACACACACACACACACACACACACACACACACACACACACACACACACACACACACACACACUGCUGUAAACCAUAAACACUAAAGUUACUCCUUGCAUGUAGGAAUAGGUGUUAUCUGCACUGUGUUGGAUUAGUGUGUUUCCAGCGUUGUUAUGUUUAAUCUGCCCACAUUAUUAGACCUCAUGUAAAGUAUGUAGGUGGAGCUGGCAGACUUCAACACACCAUGUGUCAGAGGAUACUCUCGAGGGGGCUGCUACUACGUGUAAACUGGGGUCACGUGAUUUCAGCGGGAAAGGUUACAAUCAGUAUUCAUUCAUGUGCUGGAAAAAUACCUGGGGCCUCAUUUAUAACGCCGUGCGUAGGAUUCACGUGGGAAGGUUGCUUACGUAGUAGAAAUCCCAAAAAUAGGUACAGACAUGUUCAGACAUUUUCCGAUUCACCAAACAAUGCGGUGCAGCUUUUGCGGGCUUCACGUAAC